AUGACAAAAAAAGAUAGUGGUGAAUAUAAGGCAACAACAAUCAAGCAGGCUGUUGAUGCAAUUAAUAGAUAUCUUAGUAAAAAUAAUACAAUUCAUGAAAAAGAAUUGGGUAAAAAAAAAGGAUCAAUAGCAUUAACAGCUCAGCAAGACAUUGGGCAAAAAAUAAAAGUAAAACUUCUAGAAGAAAUUUUAACAAACCAUUCUGAAAGAAAAACUGCUGCCCAAAUUCUUCAGAAUGCCAAUAUACCAGAAAAUACUAUUAUGAAUAUCACAGAUCAUAAGA